UAUUAGCCAAAACCCUUAAGUAGAAACCCACAAACUCUCUCCAGACAAACUUAACCAUGGAAAUUCCUAAUAAACAGAUAAUAUUCAGAGAUUACAUCGAGGGAAGUCCAAAAGAAACUGACAUGAUGUUAUAUGUUGGAAAGACUAGUCUUAAAAUCCCACCGGAAUCAUCAUCAUCACCAUCAUCUGGAGGAGCUGUUCUUGUUAAGAAUCUAUAUCUAUCUUGUGAUCCUUACUUGAGAGGAAGAAUGAGAAACUUCCAUGAAUCCUAUAUCCCACCUUUUUCACCUGGAUCGGUUAUUGUAGGAUUUGGAGUAUCAAAAGUUGUGGAUUCUGAUAAUGAAAAUUUCAAAAUUGGGGAUAUUGUUACUGGAAUUACUGGCUGGGAAGAGUACUCAUUCAUUCACAAGGCUGGGUUACUGCGAAAAAUUCAGUCGGAUGAUAUCCCUCUUUCUUAUCAUCUUGGAUUAUUAGAAAUGCCCGGGUUUACGGCUUAUGCUGGAUUUUAUGAGGUUUGCUGCCCUAAGAAGGGGGAAUUUGUAUUUGUUUCGGCAGCCUCUGGAGCUGUUGGUCAGCUUGUUGGGCAACUAGAAAAGUUACAUGGUUGUUAUGUUGUUGGUAGUGCUGGUACAAGUCAAAAGGUUGAUCUGUUGAAGAACAAGUUUGGCUUUGAUGAUGCAUUUAACUAUAAAGAAGAACCCAAUAUAGAUGCAGCUUUAAAAAGGUGCUUCCCACAAGGAAUUGAUAUCUACUUCGAUAAUGUUGGUGGUGAGAUGCUUGAUGCGGUGCUUCUGAACAUGAGGACUCAUGGUCGGAUUGCUGUUUGUGGUAUGGUAUCUCAGCAGUCUCUUUCAUACGCGGAGGGAUUGAAAAAUGUCUUCAUGCUGAUACCGAAACGUGUCAAGAUGCAAGGGUUCAUUCAAAGUGAUUACCUGCAUCUGUUUCCUCAGUUCUUGGAACAUAUUAUAGGUAACUAUAAACAAGGAAAGAUCGUUUACAUUGAAGACAUGAAUGAAGGUCUUGAAAAUGCUCCUUCUGCUCUUGUUGGUUUGUUUUCCGCCAAGAAUGUUGGUAAGCAGGUAGUUCGGGUCGCUCACAGUUAGGUAUUUUCUGCACACCUUCAAAGACCCUCAACUUAUAUAUUACUACACUUCAGUUAUCAUUACCAUGUACAAGUUCUGGAGCAGACUGUUGAAUUGGUCCAAAAUAACAACUGAUUUUAAAUCAAAUAUAUUUGAUUAUAAUGUAGAUUCGUAAUUCAUUUGUAUCAUGUUUUCUCAAUUCAUAUGUAAGUAUAUUGAUUGUAUCACAACAAAUGCCUUUCACUUCAUCAG